UAAGUAUCUCAUGUGGACAACUCUUCUCAUAGCUUGCCUUGCUUUCCUGAUGAUACUGUGACAGAAGGUACAGAUAGAAGAUAAACCAGGCUGUCGACUGGGUUGAUGAAGAUGCUGAAAUAUUUCCAUAUGGCAAUGUGGAGAUGGUGUGGGCCUGGGGCCUGGACUCCUUUGGUUGUAUGUUUAACUUCAUCAAGUAAUGUGAUGUUGCUUACCUUCUUACUGGACCAAAGAGGAGAAAGCAACAUAUUAAAAGCUCACUUUCAAGCUGUUCCUAAAAUCAUAUGUGGUGGUCAAUGUAUUUCCUGGAAUGGGACACUGACUUCUCCUUAUUAUCCAAGUUACUACCCACCAAACAUUGACUGCGCCUGGAUCAUCAAGGCGCCAGCUAUGGGAUGGAAAUAUUGCCAACUUCCAGAAGUUUGAGAAUUUUUUUGACUGCAACAAAUUAAUGUGUAAGAUGACAAAUCCCAGCAGCCAGAGAAAAUUAAUAAUAAUCAGAGCUUUUCUUCUAUGUCAAAAAGAAAAAAUGGUCAUGUAAAUCAUGCCUGACAUGAUGGAUACCACGGUGUAUUUCCCUGAAUUCUGAAUUCUGCAGAGCCAGGACAUUCUCUGGUUCAGAAAUUCACCUCUGAAUUUCAAGCAAGUCCUUUGGCAAGACUUAAAAUCUGCUCAUGAUUUCUACGAACUGCCUAAUUGUUGCAGAGUUUUGUUCAGACAUGGCUUAUAGGAAAAGGCCAUGAUUACAUACAGCUGGUUAAAAAGUAAAAGGCAGCUGUA